CUUGACUCAAGAAACAAGAAAAUUCAUUGCUUUUAAAAAUAUUUUUUGUGUGAAAGUGUGAAAGGUUUGCUAAAAACUUAUCGAUUCAACUAAUUAUUUAAAUAAGAAAGUGAUAAAAGAACUAAACAUGUUGAUAUAUGGAUCAUGAAAAUUUCUGGAAAUAGAAUUACAUUGGUUUUGUACAAGGCUCUAUUUUUAAAAUAUUCAACACAAUGGCUAAUUCUUACGCAGACGGUAUCAAAGUGAAAAUAUCAGAAAAGUACAAGCCACCCUGUAGAAUAAGCAUGCCUAUAUCGUAUUCCCAGCGUCUCACACUCAACAAACAAAUACAGGACAGUAGGCCCUCUUAUAAUUUCAAUUUGGAAAGAUCUGCUUUGGAAAAAGUCAAUGAAGUGAAAGGAAUUAGGAAAAAAUUGGCAGAAGAACGAAAGCAAAGACUAGAAGCAGCCAAGCAAGAGUUUGACGAAAAAAUUGACCAAGAAAAAUCCAAUCAACUAGAAAAAGAACAAGCAGAAGCAAAAAUUGUUGAAGAAUCUAAAACGACAGAAGCAAAAUAUACCAGGGCACAAUCAAAUACACAAGACUACUCCAAUCGUAGUAAUUCUAGUCAAAUUCAACCCAAUUACAUAACCAAAAAUGGAAUUCUCAUGCCUAUUCCUGUGACCAAUAAUUAUUCAACAACUCCUUGUAAUAUGCUAAUGCCAACUACCACAUUGUUCCAACCUCAACAACCAACAAUGAGUAAAUCAUUUAAUUUAUCGGAUUUUGAAUCUGACACUUCUAGUCCAUUUGAUAAUAUGGAAUUGAAAUCAAUAAAUGAUUUGGAAGAGUUGGCCCAAGUCUUGAAGAGCGAUAGAAAUACCUUUCAACAGUCACAAAAUGUUUAUCCAAGCAACUCUGUUUAUCAAAAUUAUAGUUCUGGCGUGACAAAAAGCUUUGGAAAUUUACCUGCUAACAGCUAUCAACCAUAUAGUCAGCCAAAUUCUGGAACACCUCAAAAUUCUUUAGCUUAUAAUGGAAUUCCUAAUACUUAUAGUCAAGUAAAUAAUAUCUACAAUCCUCAUUCCACAACUUAUAGUCAAUAUAAUAACCCUUAUGCCAAUCAGAGUAGUUAUAGUGUUGCAGGUACUACAGCAAAUUAUAACAACCAAAUAAAUGGCUACAUAUAUAAUGUUCCUCCUCAAAAUAUGGCCAAUCACUACCCUCCUUAUUCUAUCCAAAAAUCCAACUGUAAAAGUGUCCCUGAUCUUGUUAAAUCUGUUGAAAAAGAAUUAGACGCUACACAUUUAAAUGAUACAGUUGAAAAUAGUAGACAUUCAAUAUCUAGUUCGUAUUAUACCACAGAUGUGCCAGUACCUACUAGGCCUAAAAGCACAGAUUCCGUGUAUCCUAAAACAAGGACUAAGGAUGACACUCUGAAUCCAUUGAUUAAGUUAACUAAGGAACAGAGAGAGAUUUGUAAAAAUGUUAGUUUAAUGGGAUUUCCAUUGGAUCGAGUCGUACGAGUUUGUGAAACUGUUGGAAGCGACCAGAAAAAGAUUGUAGAUCAUUUACUAGCUCUCUCGGAGCUCCUUGAUCUAGGAUUUGCUGAAAAAGACGCUUCAGAAGCACUGAUGAGAAACGAUAACAACAGAGACAAAGCUUUAGAUCUUCUGAUUUCCUAAUUCGCCAGGCAACUAUUUACAGGCUGUGGUGUAAUGUAUUUUAAUAGAGUUUAUUUGCAUACAACUGAACAUUCUGGAAGAGGUGAAUAACAUGGAUUGAUUAUUUUAUCAGAGGAAUAAAUUUGUGAAUAUAUGAAAAAGAUUUGAUUUGUAAAUUAUGUGAUAUAUACAUUAGUUGCGUAUUUGCCUUUGCUUUGGAAAUUUCACUAUUAUGAUUUGUAUUUUAAGAAAAAAAAAUCACUUUGCCAUAAUUUGCAAUAUUGGAUACAUUGGAAAUUUGGAUUUUAUUUUGUUAAAUAUAAUACUUUGAGUAUUGAACUUUGCUAGAAGUGCCUGUAUAUGUCUAGGACAUUAGGCUUUAUACCUUUUUAUUGCUUUAAUAUCUAGGGAAUAAAUGAAGAAGAAAAAAAUUGUAUGAAUACUCAACUUGUGCAAAUAAAAAUGUUAUUAUUUAUUAUAA